CAACACUGAAGGCCAUCCAGAAGUUAUGGGAAAUACAAAAAAAUUCAAAAACAAUGCUUUGAAGUGGAAAUUCUUAUCCUUCUAUGCUCUAGGAUCAAAAUGUUUAGAUUCGUCUGUUCAAUCAGUAGGACCAGUCAUAAUCGACAAAGAAAAAAAUUUCAAAUGUUCCCGGGACCAGUAUAUUAAACAGCACAAUAAUCAUAAUAAAAAUCUACCUUCAAAGCUAGAUGAAUUGGAAAGCAAGUUAUUGAGUCAUCCUUUAUUAUUAUUUCCCUACUUACUUCAGUACUUACCUCUUUCCGUUUCGAAGACAGUAAUUGAUUUGUUAGAUCGGCCACAUAAAGAAAGACUGAUAGAUUUGAUUAAAAUAGCAAAACAUCAGAAUAUUCAUGAAAAUGUUCAAAAUAAAACAGGGAUGAAGUUAUCUAAUCCAUCAAAUGGUGGUUUAAUAAGAGAUAGUAAGUUAAACUCUUCAGUUAGCUCAGUGAAAUCAAAAGUUGAAGAUGAAGAUUUCAUUGAACCAGAAAUGUUCAUAGAAUAUCCAUCAGUCAAAGAAGAAGCAUUAGCGUUUUGUGAAUUUAUUAAGAAUUUGGAUGGUUCAUCAAUUGACAAUCCAGAACCAACAACACUAGCAAGUUUAUUUGCUGGAACACAUGAAGCUCAACCCCCAGUAUCAACACCAAUUAAUGUUGUUGAAUUAAUUAAUUUACCAUAUGAAUUAAGACAUUCUGUUAAAGAACCACCCAAAUUACUCUGUGAUAAGAAUUCUUUGACUGAUUCAGAGAGUUUACCACGUAUAACUAAGUCAAAUGCGGCUAAAAAACAAGAAAAGAAUUUUGAAAGAUUACAUUAUGGUGCAUGGUUUAUUCCACCCAAACAAUGGAAAGUUAUCAAAGAUAAUGGUGCGAAUACGAUACACAAUAAAAGUGAAUUUGACAGUGUUAAAACUAAAUCAUAUAAGGAACUAAUGGAAAGCUUAAAUGGGAAAAUGAAAGAGACACAUGGAUACGAUGCCUUUAUGGAAUUUAUACAGAAUAAAAAUAAACGUAUACCUAAGUUUAUGAAAUUGCAAUAAAGUAACUUGAAAACUGUAAAUCGGUCGAAAAUCGUUUACCGAAUUGAAAUUUUCUUCAUUUUCGAGACUGAAUUAGUGUUUUUCAGCUUUAUUAUUGAGAAAGUCAACCAAUGUUCAGAGAUUUCUAACAAAGGCAAAUAUUAUAUAUUUAAAAUACUAGUCAUAAAUUAGUCUAUUUGAUUUCUUAAAAGGCCUAAAUCAAAACCCCUAUUUAACGUAGUUAUAAUAUAAUAUUCAGUUAUUCUCGGCUCGUUUAUUCUAAUGUUGUAAAUAUGAAAAAA